AUGUACGGGACAUCUACUGGCCCGCAGACGGGCAUUAAUACUCCUCGUUCCUCGCAGUCGCUCCGGCCCCUUAUCCUCAGUCAUGGUUCUCUCGAAUUCUCCUUUCUCGUUCCGACAUCUCUUCACUUUCACGCUGCUCAAUUGAAAGACAGCUUCACAGCGUCUUUACCGCAGCCCACAGAUGAGCUAGCGCAAGAUGAUGAGCCAUCCUCGGUUGUCGAGCUCGUUGCUCGAUAUAUCGGCUACAUUGCCCACGAGGUGGAAGAAGGGGAUGAGGAUGCCCAUGAGCUCAAUCGAGAGGUGCUACAACUGGCGCUGAACGAGUUCGAACGAGCCUUUAUGAGGGGCAAUGAUGUGCAUGCCAUCGCCGCAGGUAUAUCUGGCAUCACAGCCAAGAAAGUCUUGGUUGUACAGGCAUAUUACGCCGCCCGCGCCGCAGUUGGUCGGGCUACCAAGCCCUAUGAUUCGGCGCUGUUCCGUGCGGCAGCGGAAGAGAAAGCGAAGAUUUACACGGUCUUCGGAGGUCAAGGGAACAUUGAGGAGUACUUCGAGGAGCUUCGAGAGGUUUACACCACAUACCCGUCUUUCGUGGAGGACCUUAUCACGUCAUCAGCAGAGUUGCUGCAAUCAUUGUCCCGUGAACCUGAGGCCGUGAAACUGUACCCGAAGGGACUUGACAUCCUUCGGUGGCUUCAUGAUCGCGAUUCACAACCGGAUACCGAUUACCUGGUGUCCGCUCCGGUGAGUCUUCCGCUCAUCGGCCUGGUGCAGCUGGCCCACUACAUGGUCACCUGCAAAGCCCUGGGGAAACAACCUGGGGAGAUUCUGGAACGUCUCAGCGGUACCACAGGUCACUCUCAGGGUGUUGUCACUGCUGCCGUCAUUGCCACGGCCAAAACCUGGGAGGAUUUUGCCAAGGCGGCCAAGCAAGCUGUAACACUGCUGUUCUGGAUCGGUCUUCGCAGUCAACAGGCCUAUCCCCGCACUUCCCUUGCCCCCUCAACUCUCCAAGACUCGACUGAAAAUGGAGAAGGGAUCCCUACUCCCAUGUUGUCGAUACGAGAUCUCCCAAGAGCAGCGAUUCAGGAGCACAUCGAUGCGACGAACCAGCAUCUGCCUGCUGACAGGCAUAUUGCGAUAUCGCUUGUCAACAGUGCCCGGAACUUUGUCGUCACUGGACCGCCCAUUUCGCUCUAUGGUCUCAACCUUCGCCUUCGUAAGGUCAAGGCUCCUACUGGCUUGGACCAGACUCGUAUUCCGUUCACCCAACGGAAGAUCCGCUUUGUCAACCGAUUCCUCCCCAUCACUGCGCCAUUCCAUAGCCCGUACUUGUCGUUUGCCUAUGAUCACAUCUUGGAAGACGUGGAAGGCAUUAAGAUCCCGGCCAACUCGCUGAUGAUCCCGGUUUAUGAUACCAAGACGGGUGAAGACUUGAGCAAGUUGGGCGAUGAGAAUAUUGUUCCAGCAUUGGUCCGUAUGAUCACCCGUGAUCCGGUGAACUGGGAGAAGGCCACGGUGUUCCCUGGUGCCACCCACAUUAUUGACUUCGGACCGGGCGGUAUCUCUGGUCUCGGAGUCCUUGUCAACCGCAACAAGGAUGGCACGGGCGUUCGCGUUAUUCUGGCGGGUUCUAUGGAUGGCACAAACUCUGAGGUAGGCUACAAGCCUGAGCUCUUCGAUCGUGACGAGCAUGCGGUGAAAUUUGCCGUCGACUGGGUCAAGGAGCAUGGGCCUCGGUUAGUGAAGACUUCGGUCGGUCAAACGUUUGUCGACACGAAGAUGAGCAGGUUGCUCGGUGUGCCGCCAGUCAUGGUAGCAGGCAUGACCCCGACCACUGUGCCAUGGGACUUUGUUGCGGCUACAAUGAAUGCCGGAUACCAUAUUGAACUGGCGGGAGGUGGCUAUUACAACAGCCAGUCGAUGACUGAGGCACUCAACAAGAUUGAGAAAGCCAUUCCCCCCGGUCGUGGUAUCACUGUCAACUUGAUCUACGUCAAUCCUCGGGCUAUGGGAUGGCAGAUACCUCUCAUCGGAAAGCUUCGGGCGGAUGGUGUGCCUAUUGAAGGUCUCACAAUCGGCGCUGGUGUUCCAUCCAUUGAAGUCGCCAACGAGUAUAUUCAGACGCUUGGAAUCAAACACAUUGCCUUCAAGCCUGGUUCAGUCGAUGCCAUUCAACAGGUGAUCAAUAUUGCCAAGGCGAACCCGUCCUUCCCUGUUAUCCUUCAGUGGACUGGUGGUCGGGGUGGUGGUCACCAUUCUUUCGAAGACUUCCAUCAACCUAUCUUGCUGAUGUACAGCCGAAUCCGCAAGUGCAGUAACAUUGUACUUGUUGCUGGCAGUGGUUUUGGCGGCUCAGAGGAUACCUAUCCUUACCUGACUGGUACCUGGUCCACGCGUUUCGGCUAUCCUCCAAUGCCUUUUGAUGGGUGCUUGUUUGGUAGCCGCAUGAUGACGGCAAAGGAAGCUCAUACUUCUAGGGAUGCCAAGAAAGCUAUUGCGGAGGCACCUGGCGUUGAUGACGAUCAGUGGGAGGAAACGUACAAGGGACCGGCCGGUGGUGUCAUUACCGUUCUCUCUGAGAUGGGAGAACCAAUCCACAAACUUGCAACGAGAGGUGUUCUGUUCUGGCACGAAUUGGACCAAAAAAUAUUCAGCCUUGACAAGGCCAAGCGCGUGCCUGAAUUGAAGAAGAACAGGGACUAUAUUAUCAAAAAACUUAAUGACGACUUCCAGAAAGUCUGGUUCGGGCGCAACUCCGCAGGAGAAACCGUUGAUCUCGAGGACAUGACUUACGCAGAAGUGGUUCACCGCAUGGUAGAGCUCAUGUAUGUGAAACAUGAGUCUCGUUGGAUCGACGAUUCUCUGAAGCGGCUGACUGGUGACUUCAUCCGCCGUGUCGAAGAGCGGUUCACCUCCGUUGAGGGUCAGGCUUCCCUCCUUCAGAACUACUCGGAGCUCGACGAUCCCUACCCCACCGUGGAAAGGAUCCUGUCCGCAUAUCCUGAAGCUUCUACUCAGCUGAUCAAUGCUCAAGAUGUCCAGCACUUCCUGCUUCUCUGCCAGAGACGUGGGCAGAAGCCUGUGCCGUUCGUUCCGGCACUUGACGAGAAUUUUGAGUUCUGGUUCAAGAAGGACUCUCUCUGGCAGUCUGAAGAUCUGGAGGCUGUCGUUGGCCGAGACGUCGGAAGGACCUGCAUUCUCCAGGGCCCCGUGGCUACCAAGUACUCGACCACAAUUGAUCAGCCAAUCAAAGAGAUUCUCGAUGGAAUUCACAAUGACCAUAUCAAGUUCUUGAUUCGGGACGUCUAUGGUGGUGACGAAAGCAACAUCCCGGUCGUCGAGUAUUUCGGCGGCCGGCUCCUAGAAUCUGAAGAGGAGCCUGAAAUUGAUGGUCUCACGGUUUCUAAGGACACGAAUAAGAUCUCGUACAGACUGUCGAGCUCUCCAUCCGCUAACCUACCCGAUGUUGAUCGCUGGUUGCAGCUUCUCGCUGGCAAUACUUACUCUUGGAGACACGCUCUGUUCACCACUGAGGUUUUCGUUCAAGGACAGCGUUUCCAGACGAACCCUCUGAAACGUGUUCUUGCGCCCACCCGUGGCAUGUACGUCGAGAUCGCUUAUCCUGACGAACCCUCUAAAACCGUCAUCAGCGUGAGAGAACCCAGCCAAUCAAAUAAGCUGGUCAAGACAGUUGAAAUAAAGAUGGUGGGCGAGAACGAGAUCUCACUGAGCCUAUUCGAGGGAAGGACUGCUGAAGGCGAUGUUGUACCUCUGACUUUCCGCUUUACCUAUCAUCCAGAGACUGGAUACGCGCCCAUCAGAGAAAUUAUGGAGGGUCGCAAUGACCGUAUCAAAGAAUUUUACUACCGUGUUUGGUUUGGUGAAAAGAACGUUCCUUUCGAUACGCCAAUCACGGCAAUCUUUGACGGUGGCCGUGAGACAGUCACCUCGCAGGCCAUUGCCGACUUUGUCCAUGCUGUUGGCAAUACUGGAGAGGCAUUCGUCGACCGUCCUGGUAAAGAAGUCUAUGCGCCGAUGGAUUUCGCCAUUGUCGUCGGGUGGAAGGCGAUCACAAAACCCAUCUUUCCCCGGACGAUUGACGGAGAUUUGCUGAAGUUGGUCCAUCUGUCCAACGGAUUUAGAAUGGUUCCUGGAGCUGAACCACUCAAAGUCGGUGACGUUCUCGACACGGUGGCGCAAGUCAACGCUGUCAUCAAUCAGGACAGUGGAAAGAUGGUUGAAGUCUGCGGUACCAUCAAGCGCGACGGCAAGCCAAUCAUGCACGUAACCAGCCAGUUUCUGUACCGAGGAGUGUACACCGACUAUGAAAACACAUUCCAACGCAAAGAUGAGAUUCCUAUGCAGCUUCACCUUGGUUCAACCAAGGACGUUGCAGUCCUGCGGUCUAAGGAAUGGUUCCGACUUGACGACCCUGAUGUGGAACUCCUCGGCCAGACGCUCAUCUUCCGCCUUCAAAGUCUCGUCCGCUUCAAGAAUAAGACAGUAUUUAGCAGCGUCCAGACAAUUGGCCAGGUGCUCCUCGAAUUGCCAACAAAGGAAAUCAUUCAGGUCGCAUCCGUUGACUAUGAAGCCGGAUUGUCACAUGGUAAUCCUGUGAUUGACUAUCUUCAAAGGCACGGCUCCGCUAUCGAGCAACCCGUGAACUUUGAAAACCCGAUUCCACUCAGUGGAAAGACACCACUCGUCCUUCGGGCCCCUGCCUCUAACGAGAACUACGCGCGAGUUUCGGGUGAUUACAAUCCGAUCCACGUCUCUCGUGUUUUCUCGGCCUAUGCCAAUCUUCCGGGCACCAUCACCCAUGGAAUGUACACCAGUGCCGCCGUGCGAAGCUUUGUCGAGACCUGGGCGGCCGAAAACAAUAUCGGCCGUGUUCGCAGCUACCAUGUCAAUCUCGUAGGCAUGGUUUUGCCGAAUGACGCAAUUUCAGUCAAGCUUGAGCACGUUGGUAUGAUUGCUGGUCGGAAGAUUAUCAAGGUCGAAGCCAAGAACAAAGACACCGAUGAAACCGUCCUGGUGGGUGAAGCAGAAGUUGAACAACCAGUUACUGCAUACGUUUUCACUGGGCAAGGCUCGCAAGAGCAGGGAAUGGGCAUGGACCUUUAUGCUAGCAGCCCUGUUGCAAAGGAAGUCUGGGAUCGGGCUGAUCGUCAUUUCUUGGAGAAUUAUGGCUUUUCAAUCAUCGAUAUCGUUAAGAACAACCCCAAGGAAUUGACGAUCUAUUUCGGGGGCCCUCGUGGCAAAGCCAUUCGUCAGAACUACAUGUCCAUGACUUUCGAGACGGUCAAUGCGGAUGGCACCAUAAAAUCAGAGAAGAUCUUCAAAGAGAUCGAUGAAAACACAACUUCCUACACCUACAGGUCCCCUUCAGGGCUUCUGUCCGCAACCCAGUUUACUCAGCCAGCUCUGACAUUGAUGGAGAAGGCAAGUUUCGAAGACAUGCGUGCCAAGGGCCUUGUCCAAAGAGAUAGCAGCUUUGCUGGCCAUUCGCUGGGUGAAUACUCUGCUCUGGCUGCCCUAGCUGACGUUAUGCCCAUCGAAAGUCUGGUGUCCGUGGUGUUCUAUCGUGGCUUGACCAUGCAGGUCGCCGUGGAGCGAGACGAGCAAGGACGAUCAAACUAUGCUAUGUGUGCUGUCACCCCAGUCGGAUCUCAAAGACUUUCAACGAGCAGGCCCUGCAAUAUGUCGUUGAGAUAUUGCUGA